UUCCUGAAAACGCCCCGUGAGCGAGGGAAAGCAGGAAAACUCCAGUGACUCUGAUGACCCAGAAUAAUAAUAAUAAGACAGCUCAGCUGCUGAUCCAAAGACCGGGGUGGGACACGGGCUCCAGUCUACCCCGAACCUGUCUGAAGUGACCCUGUACCACCCCUCACUAAACCCGGAGGCAGCUCUCUGCUCCACCGACACAAGGUCAGCAGGGCGUCCGCCCACAGGACUCCUCAGCGCGGCUGCAAACCUCCGCGGAGCCCGGCUGGAUUUUGGACUAUGUGAGUUUGACUCAGUGGCUGACUAAGAGAAGGAGCAGCGACUACAUGGAGAGAGUCUGUGAGGAGGAGUGAAUCAGGAAUACUUCAGUCUCAUAUCUAGUUUGUGAGUGUGAAAACGAAGUGACACUUCACCAUGUUGGGAACCCCGGGCUCUUACGCGAACAAGAUGAGGAAGAAGCCUGUGCUCAAAAAGAAAAAGCUUCCAAAAGGAAAUGAAGUCAUCAAGUCCAACCCUUCAAAACGCCACCGGGAUCGGCUGAAUGGCGAGCUGGACCAGCUGACCGACCUCCUGCCGUUUCCAGAGGAGGUGCGCUCUCGCCUGGACAAACUGUCCGUCCUCCGUCUCAGCGUGGGAUACCUCAGGGUCAAGAGCUACUUCAAAGCCACGAUGAAGAACGGUCACGGCAGUCCGAUGUUCUCUGGAGUCGGCGGGCAGAACGGAAACAACAUGGAUACCGGCGGUUUCUCUGAGGGGGACCUCCUGCUCCAGGCUCUGAACGGCUUCGUCCUGGUGGUCACCUCUGAUGGGUCGGUGUUCUACUCCUCUUCUACCAUCAAGGACUACCUGGGCUUCCAUCAGUCGGACGUGGUCCAUCAGAGCGUGUUCGAGCUCAUCCACACGGACGACCGCGCCGUGUUCAGACAGCAGCUUCACUUCGCUCUCAACCCCCCGACAGCCGCCGAUGGAGACGAGCUGCAGAGUUUUGGGAGUAAAGUCCUCUACAGUCCAGAGAAGCUGCCCCCCGAGAACUCGUCCUUCCUGGAGAGGAGCUUCGUGUGUCGUUUCCGCUGCCUGCUCGACAACUCGUCUGGAUUUCUGGCUCUGAAGUUCCAGGGCCGUCUGAAGUACCUCCAAGGUCAGAGGCUUUUAAAAGGGGCGUGUACCAAAGCUCAGCUGGCGCUGUUCGCCAUCGCCAUGCCGGUCCAGACUCCGUCCAUCGUGGAGAUCCGGACUAAGACGCUCCUCUUUCAGAGCAAACACAAGCUGGACUUCACCCCGAUGGGCAUCGACAGCAGGGGGAAGGUUAUUCUGGGAUAUUCAGAGACUGAACUGUGUAUGAAAGGUUCUGGGUAUCAGUUCAUCCACGCAGCUGAUAUGAUGUACUGCGCAGACAAUCACAUCCGCAUGAUUAAAACAGGAGAGAGCGGUUUGACCGUGUUCCGGCUCCUCAGUAAAACCGGUGGUUGGGUUUGGGUGAAGGCGAACGCCAAGCUGAUCUUCAAAGGAGGUCGACCGGAGUUCAUCAUCGUGCAUCAGAAAGCCAUCAUGAACGCUGAGGGGGAGGAGUAUCUGCGUCAGCGGCGGCUGCAGCUCCCGUUCAGCUUCACCACGGGGGAGGCGCUCCUCUACAACGCCGGCGCCACCGUGGACAUCAAGGAGUUCCAGUUCAACAAAAUGUUCGGCAGCGACGACGUGAGCAAAGAGGGCGCCCCCAGCUCCCUGCUGGACUGCUUCCUGAGACAGGACGAGGCGGCCUACACCGAGACCAUCGACCCGCCCGUCCCUGUGGAUCAGGUGUUCAUGGACACCCACGCGCUGGUCAGCGUCCCCAGUGACAGCUGGCGGGACAGCAGGCCGGUCGCCAGCACGGAGAACCCCAUGGUGGUGAAGGAGGAGGCCAAACAGUCCGUCAUGGCGGUGAUCGACAACCUGGAGAAAAUGGCGCAGAACAGCGCUUUCUGUGAGGUGAUGCAGAAUCUGGACGUGGAGGAGGCGGAGCUUAUGGAGCUGGAGAACACCCUGAAGGGUUUGAGUCAGGAGGAUCUCCAGCAGAGCAACAUGAGCUCGGAGCUGGACAGCAUCCUCACUAACGACAUCUUUGACUACAUCGAUAACAUUCUGUUCAAGGAGAAGGGGGAGGAGUGUCUGAGCGGCGUUCCCCCCGCCUGUCUCACCGCCAACAACGACCACCAGCGGGAUCUCUUCCCCGAGGUCUCUGGUGGACUCUGUGACCCGCUGUUGUUUCAGGCGCAGAGUCCCGAUCACACUUACGACCCCCUGAGCGGCGUCUACGCUCACCAUCAGGAUGUAAACACUCAGAGACUCUCCCACCUUGGCCCCCCCCCUCGCUCCAACGCCGCCCCCCUGCCCCCCCUUCAGCAUCUGCAGCUCCACGAUAUCUACAGCCCGUCCAUCGAGCUCCCGGAGCUCACGCUUCCUGAUCCCUCCGCCCCCUUUCAGUCCUGUGGGCCGGCCUCUAACGGCCUCAUGAACUUCUCUCACGGCGUUCUCCCGUCUCCGCAGAACGGUUUUCAGAAUCCACCAAACAGACUCUUCCUGCAGAGCUCGCUGAAGCCCCCGACCCGUGUAGCGCCCAGCGUGACAGACGCCAUGCCCCGCCUGAUCCCAUGCAAUGACUUUAACUCCACCCCUAAAAUCCCCCUCUCGUUCACCACAGGGUGUCUCCAGGGAAGCCCCCCUCUGGGACCCCUCAGCCAGCAGGUCCAGCAGGUCCAACAGGUCCAGCAGGUUCAGCAGGUCCAGCAGGUCCAGCAGGUUCAGCAGGUCCAGCAGGUCCAGCAGUGGCCGCAGCAGCAGACUCACCUUGGCGUCGGCGUCAUGCAGAAGGGACACGAGCAGAUGGCGGCGUGCCACAGCCAGACUCCAGAGACCCUCCCACAUGUUGGACUCUGGCAGAGGGGGGGUGCAGGACUGAGCCAUGUUCAGCAGGGGGGGUUGGCGUGCGGACAGGCGGCCGCUCAAAGCAGCUGCAUGUUCAACCAGAACUUUUCCUCCAGUCCAGCAGGGGGCGCCGCCCUGUCUCUAGCCGGGUCUGCAGGCCUGAGGGGGGUCGAGGGGACUCUGGAUCAGAGUCCUCCACAGGGCUCCUGCUACUUCCAGUGGAGCCACAGCGAGCCGGUGGUGGGAACGUCCGCCAUCGACCAGGAGAGCGUCGACAUCAGCCCGCUGACGGCGCAGCCCAACACGUCGUCAUCCUCCGAGCACGCACUCAACAUUCAGCACUACCUGGACCGCCACAGACGCCACAAGUCAACAUGUUCCACUCAGGAUGAACGCCUCGCCGCUGGACGCCACGGGCUCGAGACGUGGCCGUGUACCCGCCGCAGUGAAGUCUCGUUUCUAUAGCAACGCAUCCAGGAAGUGCAGAAGACAGAAAAAAACCAGUAUAAUCGCCUGUAUCAGAGCUUCAUCACGGGCGCCCCCGCUCGUGGUCAUUUUAUAUCCGUUUGUAUUUCGUCCUGUUGUUGUUGUUGUUGUUGUUGUUUUGUUGUUGUUGUUGUUGUUUUUUUGUUGUUGUUGUUUUUUGUUGUUUUUUAAAGAUUCACUUUAUUCAUAAUGAAGUCUAAAAAGCCACAAGUGCAUUUAUCAGGACGGAGCGAGAGCCAGCUGAGAGACGGUCGCUCAUCCAAAAAGCCAAAGAAACUCGUUUUAAAGGGAAACUCGCCGUCGUUGUCAUGGCGCCGAAUUCCGACGAGGAGCGCCGAUUAUUUACCAAGUGGACUAAAAGAGUGGAGACGCUCUCUCGAAGUGUUUAUAAAAGUCUGUGUAAAGAAAAGAGGUCGAGACAUGUUUAAAGUUACUCAGAGAUGAAACAGGAAGUCCUUCUCGCUGUUUCCUGUUUAUAAAUAUAACGUAAUGACGCUGCAAACACCCGUAAAUCUCAUCAGCUCGUGAUAAAUGUUUUAACCAGAGUCACUCAGAGGAGAUGUUUCAGAAGACAUCAGAACUUAGAACCAGAAUCUGAGAAAAUCUUAGACCGUCCCCCCAUGCUCCUUAAAGGUCGACCUCCUGCAUGCUACUAAACGCCCUGACGGACGCCGUUAGGCCGACACGCAUUUUCUCUCCUUUCUUAUUUAGCCACGCCCCCUCAAGUGUUCCUGUUGCAGCUGGAGCAUGUUUCAGUCUUCAUCCCUCUCUCCUGCAGAGUCCAGGAAGAGGACGCUGAUCUUAGUGGUCCUGAACCGGCUCCACAUGGUGUGGGUUUUUUUUUUUUGGGGGGGGGUAACGUCUCUCCUGAAUGGGACGGGAACUUCCUGAGACGUAGACCAAAGACUGUUCAGAGUUUAAUAACAAACAUAGAAAUGCAUCUUUUUACUCCAGCUGCUAAAGUUAAAAAAACAAACAAAUGAAAUCUUAGAUAAGAGCUCUGAGGAACACCUUCUCCUAAACGUCUCUUCAGUACCAGGAUGUUCUUCAUACUGUCAGCCUACUGGCUGUAGGCUGACCUCCAGGUCCUCGCUGGUUAUUCACAGCUGGAGGUCGACCUUUAAUCCAGAUGUUAUUUUACCUGAGCCGUCCAAACAGAACACGUUUACACAGCUGGUUAUAAAAAAACAUCUUAACCCUCAUGCAUCAUUAUGGACAUUUCUGUCCAUUUGGUCAAAUGUCUCCUCUUCAUCUGUCCAUCAUUUUGUCUGUUAGUACAUAUGGCACACAUGUUUUAUAAGAAAGUCUCUCGUUUUAAUAGAUCAAUAGAACACUGAAACAUGUUUACGACCCUCUGAAGUCACUGAGGACAAAAAUGUCCACUUCCAAAAAACUGAUAUAAAAAUAGAACAGAUUGAUUUUUUUUUCUACUUUUUUCUGCAUAAAUCUCUUAAACAACUUCAGCCCUGCUCAAAACUAACAAACAUUCAAUCAUUAUCAGGAAUUUAACCCUUUAAAUGCCAGAAUCAUGUAAUCAAACUGGCAUUUAAAGGGUUAAAUUCCUGAUAAUUAUUCAAUAUUUUUUUGGAAGUGGACAUUUUUGUCCUUAGUGACUGAAGAGGGUUGUAAAUGAAACUGAUGCCUGAGGGUUAAAUUAUAGAGCUGGUGUUUCUAGAACUUACACUCUUACACUGAUCCAGAGCAGCUCGUCAUGUCUGCGGGUCGUUUUAUUCCUGAGUGCCUUUAAAGAGCGUGACGCCAUCUUGAAUCUCUCUCUUCAGCGUUGACCUCUCGCUAUGCUUACUGUGUCUCAGUAGAGACGGAAACGUUUCUCUCGUUUUAAAAACAGAUUCGAGUGAUCAUA